AUGGCCAACUCCCGCUUCAACAUCAGGAAGCUCAUCAAGGAUGGUUUGAUCAUUCGUAAGGCAGUGACCAUGCACUCUCGAUCCCGCGUGCGAAAGAAUUUGGAAGCCAAGCGCAAGGGCCGCCACAUGGGCACUGGCAAGCGCAAGGGUACUCGUGAGGCUCGUAUGCCAACCAAGGUCUUGUGGAUGCGCCGUCAGCGCGUGCUCCGCCGUCUCCUCCGAAAGUACCGCCAACAGAAGAAGAUUGACAAGCAGCUCUACCACUUCUUCUACCGCCAUGCCAAGGGUAACUGCUACAAGAACAAGCGAGUCCUGAUGGAGGCUAUCCAUGCCAAGAAGACUGAGAAGAUGAAGGAGAAGGCCCUGCAGGAACAGUCUGAGGCCCGCAAGGAGAAGGCUCGCAUCGCCAAGGAGAAGAAGCUCCAGAAGAAGGCGGAUGCGGCGAGGACCGAAGAGGAGGGUGGCUGGCAGCAGCAGAAGAAGCGCUAA